AUGUAAGUAUUGGAAUUUCACAUUUAUGAAACGUAAUGGAUGUUACGUAAAGGGAAGUAUAAAUGCUUUGUCAACAUCUCUGAGAAACACCUCACUCAUCAUUAUCAAUAGAGCGAACUGCCUGGAAUCCAACUGCAAAUGUAAUUGAUACGUCGAUUGCUGUAUUGUCGAUUGAAAAUUAUGCGUAAACAUUUUCUCAAGUUCAAUUCGAAACAGGGCCGGAUCCUCACUUAACUGGAUCAAUGCAUGCAACUAUGCCAUACCAUGCAGAAUUACAUCGCCAAAUGCCAAGAUGUACUUACUGAGCAUCAAAAUCCAUCCAACCGCAAGAGUAAGUACAAGUUGCUGGGUGAUAUGCAAUCUCCCAGAGGCAACUCCAAACUCAAACAGUUCUUAAUUGAAUUUGAACAUGAACCAUGGGACAAGAAGUCUCUUCUCUGGUUGAGAUAUCAUGAGCAAGAACUUUUCACUUCCAUCCAAUAGAUCUUAAUGUUCAACUAUUUGUACUUCAAAAUGACCAAUCUCAAAGAAGCCAGCCGCUUUUUGCACAAAUUGAUACAACUGAAAUUUGUGAAAACUCAAAAAUCAGUUACUCUUUAUCAAGAAGCCCUCACUCUCCUUCACUCUGCUUACUUUGAGAACUCUUACGUUUUUCAAAAUCAAUUCUUCGACCCCAUCUCCGAAAUGCUCAUUGAUUCUUUGCGCGACUAUUACAGACCCAAUUCCAAUUAGAAGAAAUGCAAGCGACAAAUGAAACAUUAUGCUUAGUUAUUGAUCAUCAAUUUGGAUUUGCAAAGUAAAUCACUCGAAUACAAGGACAAAUACGACGAAUCCGCUUUGAUGAUCUCCAUGGCCAAUUACUUAUGUCAACACAUCUUGACCUUUGUUGGCAAACAAGACGAAUUAAUCAAUUACAUUAAAUAUGAAUACGAAUACAAACAUGAAAAAUAUGAGCAAAUCAUCCUUGAGCAAUAGGAUCUUAAUCAAUUUGUUUCAUUCUUAUAUGGAUUCGAAAAAAAACACCACUUUGAAUCAAAACCACAGUUCCCCCAUCAAAGCAAAUAUGACAUCAACAAUAAGAAUGUGUACAUCCUCCAUCAUGCAAGGGCCAAAAGUGAUUUCAAACCCAUGAAGGAUCUUUCCAAAGAACCUACGAGAGAUGGGAGUUUGUUUAUGCCCAACACUCCCUCGUGUAGUAAGGACAACACACAGAGACAAAUCUCCAAACCUCACAAGCAGAAAAGAAAGAAACUCUAAGAAAACCAGAGCUACUUAAGCAAAUUGAUUUAUCUAAGGAGUCUAUCCGAUUAUAAACUAAGUUAAAUGAACGUGGAGACAGAUCUUCAGAAACAUCUCAGAGGCUUGGAGGAAACUCUACAUAAACUUGAACAUCCCAAUCAAAUUAAAUCGAUCGACCAGGUUUUUAAUCAAAAAAUAGAAUCUAUCACUUUUGAAAAAUGCCUAACUCUCGAUCAAGUCAAGGAAACUGCCAAGAAGAUCAUUGCUGCUGAAUGGGAAGUUCACAAAGAGAUGCCUGUUACUAAAAGUCUGAUGAAAUCGAUUUCAGUCUCAGACAUUUAAUUGGAGAGGUUGUAACAACAAUACAGCAAGUUGCAAGAAUACAUAGAACUCCAGAAAAUUGAUUAUCAUAAUACACAGAAGGAUCAGGCUCAAUUGAUCAUGAAGGAGAAUCAGGAUAUGAAGAAGCUAUAAUUAAAUCAACAAAAGUAUUAGAUGAAACUGAGACAUCAGAAGGUCUAACAAUAGUUGUCCAUACCCAAGAAGUUAUUGAAUCUGUAGACUGAUGAAGCAGGCCUGUCUCCAAAGUUCAUCAAACGCAACACCUUAAUGUUGAAUACUUACAAUGCCACCAUCUUUGACAGAAUGGAUCCUGUCUUGAGACAGAACAAAGAGUAUCAAGCUGCACAAAAGCACUUAAUGGAUAUGAUGGUAUCCAAUCUCGAAUAAAGGGAUGAAUUAAAUUCUAAGAAAUUAAAUUCCUUUAUUAGUGUCAACAGUCUACCCAAAUCGACUUCAAGACUCCCUUCACCUAAAAAUCUGGAUGUCUCCUCAUAGCGAUCUGAUCACAAAAAGUCUUUCGCCUUUUCAAAUAACUCGACAAGACUUGAGAUAACCAAAUUUUGA